GGGACGGAUAGCUAAUCAUCUUCAGCCGUAGCAGCAGCAGGAGCAGCCGAGCAGAGUCAACCACGCACCAACCAACCAGGUUCACAAGCACCUGCCGCGGGAUCGGGGAGGGUCAUCGUCAUCGCGAUGGGCGUGCUCUUCUCAUGCCCCGUGGAGGAGGAGGAGGACGUGCCGGCAGGAGCUGCAGCUGCCCUUCCGGCGCCGUGCAAUGCCGCCGUGGAGCCGCCGGCCCUCAAGCCGUCGCUGCAGGGCUCCGGGAAGCUCCGGUUCGAGCGCUCGCUCGGCAGCCUGAUCCGGCGGGAGCAGCAGAGCCCCAGCGCGCGCCUGCACGUGGACGUCGACGUCGACGUCGACGCCGCCGCCAAGCAGGUCCCCGCCACGUCCACCGUAGCGCCCGUGCCGCCGGUCAUGCCCAGGGAGCUCGCGCGGACCAGGUUCGCCGACGCCGCGCCCGCGCCCGCGCCGGAGAGCCCCAAGCACGAGGCGGCGGCCGUCACGGUGCAGAAGGUGUACAAGAGCUUCCGCACGCGCCGCCGCCUCGCCGACUGCGCCGUCGUCGUCGAGCAGAGCUGGUGGGAGCUGCUGGACUUCGCGCUGCUCAGGCGGAGCUCCGUCUCCUUCUUCGACAUCGAGAGGCAGGAGUCGGCGGUGUCCAAGUGGGCGAGGGCAAGAACCAGAGCUGCCAAGGUUGGCAAAGGGCUGUCCAAGGAUGACAAGGCCCAGAAGCUUGCGCUGCAGCACUGGCUCGAAGCUAUUGACCCGCGCCACCGGUACGGACAUAACCUCCACUACUACUACGACUGCUGGCUGCGGUGCGAGAGCAAGGAGCCCUUCUUCUACUGGCUGGACGUUGGAGAAGGCAAGGAAAUCAAUCUCGAGCGGUGUCCGCGGUUGAAGCUUCUAAGCCAGUGCAUCAAGUACCUUGGUCCGAAAGAAAGAGAAGAGUAUGAGGUUGUGAUCGAGGAUGGCAAGUUCAUGUUCAAGAAAAGCAGGCAAAUCCUAGACACGUCCGAUGGACCAAGAGAUUCCAAGUGGAUCUUUGUUCUAAGUACAUCCAAGAAUCUGUACGUUGGACAGAAGAAAAAGGGCACAUUUCAGCAUUCGAGCUUCCUCGCUGGAGGAGCUACAUCUGCUGCUGGUCGACUAGUUGUGGAAGAUGGGAUCCUCAAGGCUAUUUGGCCACACAGCGGGCACUACCGCCCAACGGAAGAGAACUUCCAGGAAUUCCAGAGCUUCCUCAAAGACAACAAUGUCGACCUCACUGAUGUCAAGAUGAGCCCAGAUGAAGACGACGAGGAGUUUUGGAGCAGGCUCAGAAGCAUCUCUUCCGACUGCUGCGCCGUCGCUGACAAACCCGAAGAAGAUCAACAGGCCGCAGCUCAAGAAACCAGCAACAGUUGCCAGGCACCUCAAGUCACUGAAUCGACCACACCUGACGAAGUCUCUCCCUCCCCGUCCCAGCAGGAAGAAACCAGCAAGAGUCUCAGUCCCACUGCAACUGUCACGAGGCAAGAUUCAUCAGAGGACGCCGAGACCUCAACGACAAGCCACCGUGCCCUGUUCGAAGAUGGUCAGGAGGAGGACCACGCUGCCGCGGCCACCGCCGCCGACGACAAUACAGCCGUGCCGAGGGAGAAGAUCCUGCAGAGGAUCAGCUCCAAGAAGGAGACCAAGUCGUACCAGCUGGGGAAGCAGGUGUCGUUCAAGUGGACCACGGGCGCGGGGCCCCGGAUCGUGUGCGUCCGUGACUACCCGUCGGAGCUCCAGCUCCGGGCACUGGAGCAGGUGCACCUGUCUCCGCGGAGCGGCGGCGCCGCCGCAGCCGCAGGGGCCGGUAGGGCGGCCUCGUCCCGGUUCGCCUCGCCGCAGCGGUGCGGCAGCCCGGUUGCGGCGAGAGGGCGCCGCGAGCCUCUGGCGUCGGCGGGGUGCGGCAGGGCGGCCUCGUCACGGUUCGCGUCGCCGCAGCGGUCCAGCAGCCCGAUGGCGAGAGCGCGCUGCGAGCAGCUGACGCCGAGGGAGGCGUUCCGGACGCACCUGAUGGCCAGAGGUUAACCGGAUCGGAUCAGCCAUUCAGCAAAGCAGCCGAUGGAUGGAGUCAUGGAGAGACACUUUCUCUUCUUCCUUUAUCCCCUCUUGUGCAUAGGAGAAAGAAAAAGAAUAAAGAUGGGAGUGAAAAAUUGCUUCCCGUGUUAGAUCUUGUAGAGCGCCACACACACACACACGUGAAUACGUAAUCAAAUACAGAAUUCUUUCAUUCUUUGGUACCAUGAUGAAAUAAUGCAGGCUCUAAUUCUACGCGAAUACAUAAUCAAUACAAAAUUCUCUAAUUUUUCGUU